CUUUCUGUUCUCGCAGUUUAGAUGCAGUCCUCUAAGCCACAUUCUGUAGUUCAGGGAACUCGAGGCCUGGAGCCGCACCGCUAUUCCCUGUGAUCGUUUUCAUGUGGAGGCCACACGCCACCCAGCUGUACCAGCAUGUCCCGGAGUCGCGCUGGCCCAUCGUAUACUCGCCGCGUUACAACAUAACUUUCAUGGGCCUGGAGAAGCUGCACCCCUUUGAUGCGGGAAAAUGGGGCAAAGUGAUCGGCUUCCUGAAAGGGCGCCUGCUUGUGGUUUCAGAAGAGAAGCUUCUGUCGGACAGCAUGCUGGUGGAGGCUCGGGAAGCCUCGGAGGAGGAUCUGCUGGUGGUGCAUACGAGACGCUACCUCAAUGAGCUCAAGUGGUCCUUCGCUGUGGCGACCAUCACGGAAAUCCCGCCUGUCAUCUUCCUUCCCAACUUCCUGGUGCAGAGGAAGGUGCUGAGGCCCCUCCGGACCCAGACAGGAGGCACCAUCAUGGCGGGGAAGCUGGCCAUGGAACGCGGCUGGGCCAUCAACGUGGGGGGCGGCUUCCACCACUGCUCCAGCGACCGGGGCGGGGGCUUCUGUGCCUACGCGGACAUCACGCUGGCCAUCAAGUUCCUGUUUGAGCGAGUGGAGGGCAUCUCCAGAGCCACCAUCGUGGAUCUCGAUGCUCAUCAGGGCAACGGGCACGAGCGGGACUUCAUGGGCGACAGCCGCGUGUAUAUCCUGGAUGUCUACAACCGUCACAUCUACCCUGGGGACAGCUUUGCCAAGCAGGCCAUCAGGCGGAAGGUGGAGCUGGAGUGGGGUACGGAAGAUGACGAGUACCUCACUAAAGUGGAGAGGAACCUCGAGCGAGCUCUCCGGGAACACCCGCCCGACGUGGUGGUCUACAACGCAGGCACCGACAUCCUCGAGGGUGACCGUCUCGGGGGGCUGUCCAUCAGCCCACAGGGCAUCGUGAAGCGGGAUGAGCUGGUGUUCCGGGUGGUCCGUGGCCAACAGGUGCCGAUCCUCAUGGUGACCUCGGGCGGGUACCAGAAGCGCACGGCCCGCAUCAUUGCUGACUCCAUCCUCAAUUUGUACAAUCUGGGCUUUAUCGGGCCUGAGGCCAGUGAUGUCUCAGCACAGAACUCAGACACGCCUCUACUGCCCCCCGAGGUGCCCUGACCUUGUGCCCUUCUGAGCGGCUCCCUGCCUGCCUGCCCUGCCCUGCCCGCCCCUCAGUGCCUCUCCCCUUCUACCCACUCAGGGCGGUGGGGGCAGUCUCCAGGCAGUGCUGGGGCGUGGGGGCCUGUCCCCGACUGGGCUGGCCUUAGGGGCCUCGCCCGUCCCAGCAGCUCUUCACUCUCCCGCUGGGUGCCUAGGGUGUCCGGCCUCUCUGUGGGUGGGGUCAGAAGGCAGGGCCUGAGCCCCAGGAAGACCCCCUGAAGUCAUGGCCCCAUGGAGGCAAGCGUGGGAGGAGGGGAGGACAGGUUAGGUGCCGAGGGGCCAUCGCGAGCCAGUCCACGCCAGACUGAGAAGCUUCCAUCUCUGCCAAGCGUUCCCUCCGCAGUGGUGAGGUCGAGUCCAUCUUCCUCACUCAGGCAGGGCUGAGGGCAUCCAGGUGGAGGGAAGAGCAGCAGCCAGGCCUCUGGGCAGCAAGCAGAGGGAGUCCUGGCCCGGGGUGCUGGUGGCUUUUCCAUCCACAUGCCCCUCUGGGAAGCAGGGCUGGUCUUGCUUUCGCAGAGCCCCGUGGUGGUAAGGGGAGCGGAGUCCUGAGCAGCCCCAACUCUGCUUCAGCAGGGGAAGCAUGCUUAGCUCAGGAACGGGGCUUCCAGGGGAAGCUGACUGGUGGGCAGGGUCAGAGGAAGGCGAGGCCAGGUGGGGUAAGUGAGCGGGGCAGGUCACCGGGCCAGCUCCUGCAGGACCUGGGGCCCCAGGCUGAGACGGAGGUGCUGGUGAGGCUAGGUUCCUGCAGGGAGAGCAGAAGGCCCCCAUCCUGAGCUGCGGGUUGUAAGGUGGGGGGUCUUGGGCGGGGUCCCGGGUGGGGUUGCAGCCUCCACUGGCCACUCCCAAACCCCCAGGCCCUGGGCAUACUUUGUGUCCAGGGUUUCAAGUGGGCCCAACACCUGGCCUUUGAAGAGCCCCAGACCCUGCCCCCGUGCUCAGAUCUAUGCUGAAGAGAACACCCAGACCCUUCAGAAAGGUGGCGGGACACGGUCACCCCUCAUUGCCCGGGGGAUGGUCCUUAAAGGCGAACAGGUGUGGGGUGAGCAGGAAAGUGAGUCAGCCGAGGCGGCUGUCCCCCGCCAGCCCCCACCUGCGGGACUUGUGGUCUGCCCUGGAGAGGCUCCUGCAUUCUCCCACCCUCUCUCCAUGUUUCCUCUGCUGGCGGCAGGGAAGGCCCCAGAUGACCAACUGUCUAAAAUGCUGACCAGUGGGUCAAGGCCCAGGCCCUAGUCACGCAGUGGCCCCCGCCCCAGCCCUGGCUAUUGGCCCCUCACAUCCCCCAUCUCCCACUCGGCCUGCGGCAUCCGGGGACGGCGGCGACGCACUUCGCCACUCGCGCUUCAGUCCACAGAGAACCCAGAAGGCUCUUGACCGGACCCUGAGAUGGAGAAUCCGUACUCCUACGGAUGAAGGAAAUGAAGAUUAAAAUCUCCACAGCACAAGGCCUGGCUUGUGGGGUUGUUUCCCAAUAAAUGCACCUCUUUUACUCCCUC